AGUGAAUUUUCGGUGAAUUCGGUGUAUGCAGUGCCGCUAGUGAAAGUUACAUAAAGAGUGUGCACAAUGACGGCCGUAGAGCUGUAUACAAAAGGUGCAAAAGUAUGGAUACCAGACGCAGAAAAAGUAUGGCAAGCAGCGGAGUUACUUGAUGAUUAUUCUCCAUCGAAAACGUCACUCAACGUUCUUACAAAUGCAAACGAAACUAAAGCGUUAACAAUUAAGUCUGAAAAAGAUCUCCCAUUUUUGAUGAACCCCCGCAUUUUACUGGGAGAAAAUGAUUUGACGUCUCUUUCCUACCUGCACGAACCUGCCGUUCUUCACAAUUUGCAGUACAGAUUUUGUCAAAAGAAUGAUAUCUAUACCUACUGUGGCAUUGUACUGGUUGCCAUUAAUCCAUAUACAGAGUUACCUAUUUAUGAUACCGAUACAAUACAAACAUAUAGGGGCCAAAGUUUGGGUAAUCUCGAUCCCCACGUAUUCGCCGUUGCUGAAGAAGCUUAUACCAAAUUGGAACGGGAACAAAGGGAUCAAAGUAUUAUAGUUUCUGGAGAAAGUGGUGCUGGUAAAACGGUAUCAGCUAAAUAUACCAUGAGGUACUUUGCGACAGUGGGCGGUAGUGCCACAGAAACUCAAGUAGAGAAGAAGGUUUUAGCGAGCAGUCCCAUAAUGGAGGCUAUAGGUAACGCCAAAACCACCAGAAACGACAACAGUUCGAGGUUUGGAAAAUUCAUAGAACUUCAGUUUAGCAAACAAUUUCACAUCAGUGGUGCCUCAAUGCGAACAUAUUUACUGGAAAAAAGUAGAGUUGUGUUUCAAGCUCCAGAAGAAAGAAAUUACCAUAUAUUUUAUCAACUAUGUUCGGCUGCAAAACAGUUACCUCAAUUAAAUCUAGAUCACCAAAGCAAAUUCCACUAUUUAAACCAGGGAAAGAGUCCUAACGUAGCAGGAGUGGAUGAUUUACGUAAUUUCGAAGAAACCGUCGAUGCUCUAAAUUUACUGGGAUUUUCAGAGAAGGAACAAGAAAAUAUGUUUAAAAUUAUUGCUUCUAUUCUCCAUAUUGGUAACAUUGAGUUCGUGGAUAGCAUUAUUAAAGUGGAGAAUGAGCAGGAUCAAGAAGGAUGCAUGAUUAGGCCAAAUGAUAAACAUUUAAAAACUGUAACAAACCUACUUGAAAUAAAUGAAGAAGAAAUGGAACAGUGGCUGUGUACGAAAAAAUUGAUCUCAAUGCAAGAUAUCUUUCUUAAACCAAUGUCUGUCCAGGAUGCAAUAGCAUCCAGAGAUGCUCUGGCAAAACAUAUCUAUUCGGAACUCUUUAAUUGGGUAGUACUGAUGAUUAAUCGGACCCUUGAAUCAGAAAUACCCAGACAUAGGUUUGUUGGUGUUCUGGAUAUCUACGGUUUUGAAACUUUUGAAAUUAACUCUUUUGAGCAGUUUUGUAUAAACUAUGCAAACGAGAAAUUGCAGCAGCAGUUUAAUUUGCAUGUGUUUAAAUUGGAACAAGAGGAAUAUAUCAGAGAAGGAAUAGAGUGGAAAAUGAUUGAGUUUUAUGAUAAUCAACCAUGUAUAGACCUAAUUGAAGCUAAAUUAGGAAUAUUGGAUUUACUAGAUGAAGAAUGUAAGAUGCCUAGAGGUUCUGACGCUUCAUGGACUGAAAAACUUUACACGAAAUGUUCAAAGUACCCUCAUUUUGCCAAAGCUCGUUUUGGCACGUCUUCCUUUAUAGUCAAUCAUUUUGCUGACAAAGUACAAUACGAAAGCGAUGGUUUUCUCGACAAGAAUCGUGAUACUGUCAUCGAAGAGCAAAUAAAUGUAAUUAGAUCUAGUAAAAACGCAUUAGUCAAAAAAUUGUUCACUUCUGAAUCGCAGAAAUUGGCAGCACCGAGGACUAAAUUGAAAGUUGUGUCGGCAAAGCCUAUGCCAGUCUCACAAAAGACUCACAAACAGUCUGUUUGUUCUCAGUUUAGAGAUUCCCUUAAUAAACUUAUGGCCACUUUAAACGCCACUACUCCACAUUAUGUAAGAUGCAUAAAACCAAACGAUUCCAAGACAGCCUUUGAGUACGAACCAAAAAGAGCAGUACAACAACUUAGAGCUUGCGGUGUACUGGAGACGAUACGACUAUCCUCCGCAGGAUUCCCAAGCAGGUGGUCCUACGUUGAUUUCUUCUACAGGUAUCGAGUCCUGUGUAAGAGUAAAGAUAUUAUUAAAACAGACAUUGAACAGACCACGAAAAAUAUAUUGGCGAAGUGUAUAAAGGAUUCUUCCACGUAUCAGUUUGGUAAAACUAAAAUUUUCUUCCGAGCUGGGCAAGUGGCGUAUAUGGAGAAACUACGUUCUGAUAAACUUAGAGCCUGUUGUAUUAUGAUGCAGAAGACAGUAAGGAUGUUUAUAUAUAGGAAAAGAUAUUUGAGGAUAAAGAGAACGGCCCUAAAUAUUCAAAGAUAUGGUAGAGGAAUGCUUGCAAGAAGAUUGGCUCAAGACAUUCGACGAACUCGAGCUGCUAUAAAAAUUCAAAAAUCAGUCAGAGGGUGGGUCAAAAGAGUUCAGUAUCAACGAUUACGGCGCUGUAUUUUGGGCAUUCAAACGCACGCGCGAGGUUAUAUGGCAAGAUUGAGGUUUCUCCAACUUAAGUAUAAUGCAGCAGCUAUUAUUAUUCAAAAACAUGUCCGUGGAUGGUUGGCACGUAAAGAACAUAAGAGAAGAAUCAGGAAAAUUAUUAUAUGCCAGUCGGCAAUUCGAAGAUAUCUGGCCAGAAAGCAAUAUAAGAAGCUUCGCAUCGAAGCUAGGUCUAUUGAACACGUUAAAUCGCUUAACAAGGGUCUCGAAAAUAAGAUUAUUAGCUUACAACAGAAAAUUGAUGACCUUAAUAAGACUAAUUCUGAAUUAAAGGGUUACCAGAACGAUGUACAAGAUCUUAAAUCAAAACUACAAACCUUCAAAGCAAUGGAAUUAGAUAUAAAGGUUCUAAACAAUCUAAUAAUAGAAAAGAACAAGAAAAUAGAAAAAUUAGAAAUAGAUGUAAAGACGGAAAGAGAUGAGAAAAUUGACUUGAUUAACGAACAAGAUCGAAUUAGGCAAGAAAUCGAAGACCAGCGACAAGUUUGGGCACAAGAAACAGCAAAAUUAAGAGAAGAACUUGAAAAUAUGAACGAGAUUGUGCGUGUGAGUGAAAAGGGUGCCGAAGAAAACCUCAAGGUGAGGUUGGAAGAAGAAAAAUUGAUCAUUAUGAACGAAGCUGAUUCUGAUAGAGAGGCGUACCAGAGACUGUUGAAUGAGUAUCACACAUUAGAGCAAUACUGUGAAGAACUUAAACUUCAGAUGAAAUCACAAGGAUACCAAGGUUUCCAUAAAAGAAAUAUUAGCGACUUGAGCAGUAUAUCAGCUAUAGAUGAAGUGUUAUUAAAUGCAGAAGUACCUGAAGAUUUUGGAUAUGGAUCUGUGAGGUCUACAACUAGUAGUAACUCAGCAAGAGAAAGGUUGGAGAACGUUGACUGGAAAGUUGAAGAAUCUGUUGUAGCAACGAGCGAGAACCAUACUCCUACAAAUACUAGCACCAGCGAUACUAACACCAAUCAAGAAGUGGAGACAACUGAACCUCCUGUGGAGCAAAACGUGGACGUUGGACUGGUUCUACAACUUCAACAUAAAUUGUCGGCUACUGAAAGAGAAAAACUUCGUAUGCAGAAACGUCUCGAUGAAAUGGAUCUGUCUCCAAAGGUCGAGAAAGCUAAGACUGAAGCUGAGUAUGCCAUUAGAAUAUCUGAACUUGAACUAGGCAAUUCGCAACUUAAAAAUCAGCUAUUUGAGCUACAAAAUAGUAUUAAUGAAGGACAAGGUGUAACCCAACUCCACGAGCAACUAGCUACAGCGCAGAACGAACUUGAACGACGAGGUGAAGAGAUUAUUCAACUGAAGAGUGUCUUGGCUAAUCAAACUAACAACAUGAAAUCUAUAUUGAACUCAAAAACCCAUACAGGUCAAUACAUAAACGAAGACGGAGAACUUGCUCAAGCUUACGAAACCCAAAAAACAAUCAACAAACAACUUGAGCUCGAGUUACAAGAUGAAAAGGCUAAAUAUAUGGCUUACGAAAAAGAGCUUAAGCUAGAAAACGAGAAGCUACAAGAAGAAAACGAAAGGCAGCAACGUAUUUUAUCGGCAAAUCUUUUAGGUUCUGGCCAAACACAAGAAACGGCAUUCAUGCAACUAGAAAUUACACGAUUAGCCACAGAAAAUCUGGAACUACGCGACAAAAUUGACUCACUUAACGAAAAUAUGCGCAAAAUAAAGAAGAGAGAGAAGGUAUUGAUAAAAAAAUUGAAGGAAGCCGGGUUCGAUAUGACUACUGGCUCAAUAACUGAAAACAAUGUUGACGUGAAUGGUGCAAUUGCAUUUAGUAAAAAUCUUCCAACUAUUCGCAAGAAGGAUAGAGAAUAUUUGGGAAUGUUUUCGUUUAAGGCUGGGGAUGAGAACAAUAUUAUGAAACAGUUAUUAAAUCUUAAGCCCCGCACUGCUGUUACGCUUCUUCCUGGAUUACCGGCUUACAUUAUAUUCAUGUGUAUUAGAUAUACAGAUUAUGUUAAUGAUGAAGAAAAAGUCAAGUCAUUACUUUCUGCAUUUAGUAAUUCCAUCAAAAAAGUAAUAAAGAAGAGAGUCGGUGAUUUCGAAACAACGGUUUUAUGGCUGGCAAAUAUUUUAAGGCUAGUGCAUACCAUGAAGCAGUAUAGUGGAGACAAAACUUUCCAGAUAAAAAAUACCCCCAAACAAAAUGAACAAAGUCUAAGAAACUUUGAUUUGUCAGAAUAUCGUCAGGUAUUCACAGAUAAUGCUGUUUGGAUAUACCAUGGUUUAAUAAAAAAUUUUGAAGAGAAGAUACAGUCGCUUAUAGUACCUGCGAUUCUCGAACACGAGGAAAUCCCUGGAAUAAGUGGAAAUAAACCUAGCGGAUUUAGAAGUAGAAUAGGAAGUUCUUCGAGUGUGACCAGUCCAACAGGUAGUCAGAAACCAACUGCUGCACUUUUACAAGAACUUACGAAUCAUUAUAAGAUUUUGAUGUAUUACGGAGUGGACCCUGAAGUUAUAUCUCAAAUAUUUAAGCAAAUAUUUUACUUCUUGUGUGCCACCAGUCUUAAUAAUUUACUUCUAAGAAAAGAACUGUGCCAUUGGUCCAAAGGACUCCAAAUAAGACACAACUUGUCGCACUUUGAAAUGUGGACAAGAGAGAAAAAUUUCGACGAACCCGCCAUUCAAUCAACUCUUCAGCCUAUCAUCCAAGCUGCCCAUUUAUUGCAAGCUCGAAAAUCAGAAGAAGACGUAGCUAGUGUUUGUGAAAUGUGCAGUGUCCUAACGGCUCCUCAAAUUUGUAAAAUUUUAAAUUUAUAUACACCAGUUGACGAGUUUGAACAACGAGUGCCAGCAGCCUUUAUCAAACAAGUACAAGCUAAAUUGCAAGAGAGACCAGAUAGUGGUGCACAAAUAUUACUAAUGGACGUGAAGUACAAGUUUCCAGUUCGAUUUGUUUUCAAUGCAUCCGUUAUUUGUUUAGAAGAGAUAGAGAUUCCAGAAAUUUUGAAUUUACCAAUGCUUGAAAAGCUUUAGAUUGUUACUGUUUAUUUAUGUAUAAAUAUAUUAGUAGUAACAAAUUACCACAAGAAGAAAUCAAGUUUUCUAUAAUAAAUAAGUGCUUAAAUUUG